GCGUCUCGGCGGUUCAAUUCGAUUGUCUCGGUACAGUUAUCUCGAGUUUUCCCGUACUGUGGUUAACGACAACGGGGAGUUACUUUUUUUCUACGCUCAUCUACGCCGUCGUCAUUCAGCAGCCUUCCACUGCAAUGGUAGAACGAUGACGUGCGGAAAUUUUCCCCGUGGGAAAUCUAGUAACUCCGAGGAGCGUUUGCAAAGUGUGCUGCAAAUCUGCCCGGGUCCAGAGUGAGUGCCGGGCGCGGCAGAAUAAAUCAAAGUGAAUUAUCCCGAGCGGAACGAAAACUCUCGCUCGGCAAGAAAGCGACCGUUAAAUCAAUUUGAACAAUCCAUGAUAUAUCCACUGGAUCAGAAGAAUUACAAUUUCCGCUGUAUAAAAUAAAGCAAGUGCGAAUACGUGAAGUGGGGCUUUAUAGGCACCAGAUAAAUUGGAAUCGGAGGACUUUCCGGUACUUUUUUUGUCUGCGUCAAAAAUCUCGUUUGUGAAAUAAAAGAAAUUAGAUAAAGCGAAACGCGAUGUAGCUCAAGCCCAUCGAAAAAGCUUACUCGAGGAAUAAAGCGACAACAUCAUCAUCAUCAUCAGUAUCGUUCGUGCAGAAAAGUGCGUGUGCCUUUCUUUGACUGCAAGCGAUUCGCACAGUACGGAUCGCUCUAUUAUUCGGAAGUAAAUAAAAUUGGACCCGGUCUGCCGAAGGUCCAACAUCGGAAAAGAGGCCCGAAAUGUCGUUAUCCGGAAUCGGCAUCGCAGGCCUUUGGCUGACGAUGGCGUUGCUAGGAGCAAUUGUACCCCAUGUUGACGGAUUACGUUGUUAUGCCUGCAGUUUGACGACCACGUCCGGUGAUAGGCGGUGCCUCACAGACCCGGCCGCAGUGGAGGGGCAGAGCAUCGUUACGUGCAAGUACAAGUAUUGUACUAUUCAGCGACAGGAAUUACUGGAUCCACCCGGAAAGUUGAACACGUUCCUGCGCGGUUGCGAUGAAAAUCCCCUGUAUCUAGACGACGUGGUCGAGGAUUCCACCUUCCGAGGUUACUAUCGGGCCUGCUCUACCGAUCUCUGCAACUCAGGUGAUGGGCUACAGAGCGGUAACCAACUGUCUGGACUGGAUGCCGGAGCGUCGGAGAAUCUGCUUGUGCCGGGAAUGCUGAAUGGGACCCCCGGGUGGCGAAUCCCGCUUUCCGCUUUGGCUACAGUAUUUGUGGCGUCUGUUUGGAACUCGGUGUUGCGAUGAUUGUUUUAAUUCAACGGAACAUUAUUAGGAGAAAUAAAUAAAAACCCUAACAAUGUAA